UCCAACAGUGCUUACAUUUCCUUCAUAUAAUCGCGAUGUAUAGACGCAUAUAGAUAAUCCGGGUACAAAUGAUAAAUGGAUACAAAAUCAACUUUACAUCCGUUUUAUCACAAACAGUUCGCUAAAUUCAAUGAAAAAGUUCAAAAUAAAUAUAAUGAAAUGCUAAAGAAACUUGAGAAAUCUAGAUCCAUUGAUGCGUUAACAACUUUAAACGGUGAUUAUGAAUACAAAGAAAAAAAUUAUGGCAGUGUGUGUGAUUUAAGUAAUGUGGUUGAAAAUUUGUAUACAAAUGAAAUCGGAUCAAAGCGUAAUCUUCAAACUAUAGAUUUUAAAGAUAAACACAAGGAUGCUACUUUUCAAGAAAUAAUUCCCAAGGAAGCGUUUGUUACCGAAACUGAUUCAUUAUUAAGUAUUAGUGAUAAAUUUGAUAGUGAAAAUGAAGGUGAUAGUCCAUUUGAUAAUAAUCAAAGCACUAAUUUCUUUGGAAACAAUGAUUUCAAAACGAGUCUUGAAUCAUUAAAUGAGACCAAAGAGAGUGAUGGAUCAUCCGAGCCUUACACGCCGAAAACUAAAUCAAUUCGAAGUAAAAUAAAAUCAAAACUAAAAAAGAGACAAAAUGAAAAGGAACUUAAAGAAAAACUGAAAAGAAAAGAAUCCCGGGACAAAUUAGAAAACUACGUUUUAUCUAAUACAACCAAACACAAUAUAAUCAAAUCAAACAAGAGAAUCAAAAUAGCAACAGUUACCAUCGCAUUAAUUGAAGUCACAGGAUUAGAAGAGACAGUUGAAGAAAAAUCACGUGUCUUAUUAUUUCGAUUUAGGCUAGGUGCUGAUAAACGCAAGUCCAAGAUAGUUAAAUCCGACACUGCCCGAGCAAAGUUUCAAGAAUUAUUUAAUUUUAAUUUAUACGAAGAUGAACACUUAUUAGAAAUUACUCUGUGGGAUAAAGAAGCCCUCAUUGGCAGAAGCGUGUUAGAUUUGUCGGAGUUGAAAAAGGAAAAAACCCAUAAGAUGGACAUAAACUUAGAAGGAGAAGUUAAAAACUGCGAAACCUUAAUUCUUUUAACAAUAAGCGGAACAACCUUGUUUGACACCCUUUAUAACGACAGUGAAUCAGAAAAAAUAAGGAGAGAAUAUUUACUACAAAAGAAAUAUACUUGGUAUCGUCUUUGUGAUGACUUUUCAAAUGUAGGUUUCCUUCAAGUGAUAGUCUACGGCGCAAAAGGUCUACCAGGAAAUGACUACUUCUGCGUUGUCAAGCUCGACUACCAAAGAGUGCAGACACAAACUGAUUACAAAACAAAUGAGCCAAGCUGGAUGAAGAUAUUCUCAUUUACUAUAACUGAUAUUACUUCUAUUUUAGAAGUUAUAGUUGUAGACGAAAAGAAAUGCGAAGAAGUUGGAAGAAUUUCCAAACCAUUACUCCAAAUACAACACGGUCAAAAGUGGUAUGCACUUAAAGAUAGUACACUCAAAGAUAGAGCUAAAGGCAAUAAUCCAAGGAUUUUACUAGAAUUGAAUGUAGCUUGGAACCUUAUAAAAGGUGCAGUCCGCAUAAUGAAUCCAAAAGAACCAAAUUAUUUAGAGACUGAUGAAAAAUUAAACAGGCACGUCUUUUCAAAGAAUCUGUCAAGAGCUAAAGCUGUAACAAAGUGGAUUACCGGCACGUUUAAAAUUUACAAAACCUGCUUUGAAUGGGAAUCAAUGAAAUUGAAUGUUGUGUCCUUAAUCAUUUGGCUGAUAUUCUGUUAUUAUGCAAAAAUGUGGAUGAUGCCUCUUUUGUUACUGAUACCGUUUUUUUGGUACAAGCCAAAUGAGUAUACUUUAAUAGAUUGGAAAACGAAACUAAUGCAUGAAAUAGUUCCGGGGAACUCAGAUGCCAAAAAUGAAAAGGAGGACAAAAACUCAUCCAUAAUGCAAAAAAUAAACAGCAUCCAAGAAAUAAUACAAUCAAUACAAAACAUAAUAGGAAAAUUAGCAAGUACUGGUGAAAGUAUUAAAAACUUAUUCAAUUUUACAGUUCCUUUCGUUAGUUUUUUGGCCAUAUUUUUGAUCUUAGUGAUUGCAUUCGUGAUGUACUUGAUACCUUUUAACUACAUUUGCAUGAUUUGGGCUGUUAAUAAAUUCGUGAAACAAAUAUUUCGCCCAAACAGAAUACGAAACAAUGAAAUUAUGGAUUUGCUCUCUAGAGUCCCUGAUGAUGAAAUUUUGAACGAAUGUGAAGAAUUGCCUCUCGGUCAAAUAUCAGACGACGAAAAUUGACAAAAAGAGAUCUGAAUUUUAAAAAAGAAUCUGUUGUGUAUGUGCAGUGUAAAUUCGAGUUUAAUUUAUAAUUUUCUUUUGUUUUACUAUUUUGUAUUGUUUUUAUAAAAAAUGUAUUCAACAAAAUUUGAAUAAAGCAUGUGUUGCUUAUGGAAUGUUAGUUAUUAUGAGAUCGGAGAUUUGUCAUGGAUCAAAAAUCAAGCCUUUAAUAUUUAGUAGUUGUUACUUUAAUUAGCUCCUCAGUUAAAAACAUGAUUAAGCAUACACUGAUAUACAUGAGAUUUAUUUAACAAUUUUUCUAAAAGAAUAAUCUUGGGAUUAAUCGGUUCUAACAUCAGGUUUUAAUUUAUUAAGAAGCAUUAUGAUAGAUUUUCUUAGUAUCUACUUUAGAGUUGUUCGGUUGUCCGUAAACAUCAUGUUCAACACUUUCUCAUGUUGCCGAAUAUAUCUCACAAUUCCUUUCAACAAUCUUUGAUAAUCUACAUGAAAUAAUAAGAACAAUAGCUUAUAACAGCACAUUAGUUAUUAGUACUAAUUACUGAUUUAUAUAUAAUAAUAAUAUCAUCUAUCGAGUGCCAAUGGCGAUGUCAGGCUACGAUCACAAUGCAUUGAUUUCUGAUUUUAAACGUGCCCUUCUCAUCAAUUUCUAUAUCUAGCAUAAUCAGUUU